UACGCCUACAGUACAUACCCAAAAUUGCAAUUAGCCGUUUCCUAUUUAUCGGACGUUCGUAAGAAUCCCCCGCCUUCCUCGGCAGUUUAAUAUCCUACCGAAUGUCUUCAGUAGUCCCAUCCGUUCCGGUUGACCAAGCCGGAGAUGGAUGUUGGAUGAGCCAACAUGUGCGAUUUGUCUGUCAGACAACGGAGAAAGAGCCUGAUGUUGUGCUUUUGGGAGAUUCUAUUCUUCUUCAUCUGCAGUUCACUCAAGUUUACAAAACCUACUUGGAACCCCUACAUUGUGUAAAUUUCUCUAUCUACCAUGAUCAAACACAAAAUGUUCUUUGGCGAAUUGAAAAUGGGGAACUUGACGGUUUUUCUCCUAAAGUCAUCGUAAUUAUGGUCGGCAGUCACAAUACAAGCCAUAGCCCGGAGGAAGUUGUAAAGGGCAUUUCAUCUAUCGUUGAUAAGGCUCAGAAGAAGCAGCCCCAGGCUUCGAUCAUAAUUAUGGGUCUGUUGCCUUGUGGUCGUGAUCCAAACCCAAGGAGGAAAAAACACGAAGCGAUCAAUAAGCUGCUUGCUGAAGAGUUUAACAAAAAGUCCAAAGUUAUUUUGUUGAAUCCCGACUGGGAACUUUUUAUCCAGCCUAACGGAACUAUAUCUCAUCGAGAUCUUUUCGACUACCUGCACCCAACGGAGCAUGGUUACACCAAGUUUGCCGAACCUUUGAUUGAAGAAGUCCAAAACUUGUUACAAACUUUCCUGAAAACAAAUGCUCCUUCGAAUAGUUACGUUGACGAGUCUUGAGUGAUCAAUGUCUACUUGGCUGUCUCGUUUAAGGGAUACCAUGGUUUUUGUCUCCAGAUUACCAACCUGAAACAGCUCUUCUGGUUACGGACACCACCGGAUGCGGCAUUUCCUUUGUGUUCACCUCUCGGAACGGCUUCCCAACCCUUGUCUCUUCUACUUUGCCAUUACUUUUCCUUCGACUUCAUGAAGUGAUUUUGCACCAUUUGCCUUUGAUUUUUUCACUUGUUGCCGCUGCAUUCCGUCUCAUUGUUUUGGUUUUCUCUUUUCGUACCAUCCCUCCGGUUAUGUAUGCUUCGUUUCCUCCUUUAUUUAUGCUCUUGCAAGUUAUCAGAGCUUUUGAUACGCGUUUAACUCGCCUCGUCUGUCUCUUUUACGGAUUCAUUUCAAAAUAUUUAACAACUUGUUAUCGGUAUGCACGCAAUAGAGAAUAAAUUUUUAAUGAAUUCAUAUCA